GUGAAGACAAGGGCCGAAGGAAUGGGCCAGCCCUCCGCCAUUUUAAAAGUCUUCCCACUGAAGGCUACGUAGCUACGUGGCUAACUCGCUAAACCGACACGUUAAUGUGGAACUGGGACGUCGUGCACAGGCGGAUCCGCACCUAUUUAUCCCGCCCUCCACCUGGAGAAUUUACCACCACCAAGAACGACGGACGACAGCCGCGGGAAUCCCCUCAGCGGUCCGAGGCGGACAACAACCGACGAUGUUCCAAGAAAUGUCCGUGACCGGCACGCCCGCUUUCCUGCGGGCGAGGAGAUCGGGAACCCCGGAACACCACCGGACAUGUAGCCUGAGCACAGGGCCUCCGCGGGGCGUCCUCCAUGUUGUCGGCACCUCUUUGAAGGCAAUCCUGAACAGGAGUGCCCCUCCCAGCUCCAAGUUCUUCUCUGUGAAGUGCACUUCCAAUGUUCAGUACAGCAUCAGCCCGCCGCCUCAGGAGACAUCACAUCUCUCUCCCAUCCCUCUCAAUGGAAACUCAGUGUUACUCAUCCGCAUGAGCCGCGCUAGUCAAUUUGAAAACGAUAGCAAGCUGUCUGUCCGGUACUAUGGGGAGAAUAAAGAGGUCUUGGGGAAAGCAGUUCUGCACCUGACAGCUGUUGAGAUCUCUCUGGAUGUGGAUGCUGACAGAGACGGCGUUGUGGAGAAAAACAACCCCAAUAAGGGCUCCUGGAAAUGGGGUCCUAAUGGGCAUGGAGCUAUCCUAUUGGUCAACUGUGACUCAGAGCGGUCCUACGGGAAGAAACCAGACACCGAGCAGAACUACGUCUCCAGAGUGUCAGAUCUGAAGGACAUGUCAGUCAUGGUGCUGCGGACCAAAGGCCCUGCCAAGCUCCCAGAGGGCUACAAGCUCACCAUGCACAUCUCUCAGGGCGACGCAGAGAGUGUCAGAGUCUUCAGGUCCGGUUCCGCUGAAGCGGUGAAUAAUAGCCUGCAUAAACUCUUCUAUAACUACUUCGUGAAGGACUACCCACUGGUGCUGAGUAGUGAGGUCCUGUCACAGGAAGUGCCUUACCUCGGAGGCGUAGCAGAGAUGACGUUGUACGUGGAGGGCCUCAGGUUUCCUGACAAAGACUUCAAUGGCCUCAUCAGCAUCAACCUCAGUCUGUUAGAGCCCAUCAGUGCAGGUCUCCCUGAGACGCCCAUUUUCACAGACCGAGUUGUAUUUAGAGUGGCACCCUGGAUCAUGACACCAAACACCUUGGAGCCUGUAGAGGUGUUUGUCUGCAGCACAUCUGAUAACAACCAGUUCCUGAAAGGAAUGAGGAAUCUUGUUGGGAAGAGUGGGUACAAGCUGAAGAUUUGCCAUGAGUAUGUGAACAGAGGAGAUCGUUGGAUGCAGGAUGAACUGGAGUUUGGUUACAUCGACUCACCUCAUCAUCGGUUUCCUGUUGUUCUGGACUCCCCUCGAGAUGGACUACUCCUGGACUUUCCAUAUAAUGAACUGCUGGGCCCCGACUUUGGCUAUGUGACAAGGGUGGCCCAGAGAAAGGAUGUGAGCAGUCUGGACUCAUUUGGUAACCUGGAGGUUAGCCCCCCUGUUACGUUGAAUGGAAAAAACUACCCCCUUGGGAGAAUCAUCAUUGGAGUGGCCUUCCCUACGGCAACUAAAGGACGCAACAUGACCAAAGUAGUUCAGGACUUCCUUUGGGCUCAGAAGGUUCAGGAGCCCAUUGCCUUGUUUUCGGACUGGCUCGUUGUCGGCCAUGUAGAUGAAUUCAUGACCUUUGUUCCUGCACCUGACAGAAAGCGCUUCCGCCUGCUGCUGGCCAGCCCAGACUCAGGCUACAAGCUAUUCAGAGGCUUACAGAAAAAUGGUCACGGACAAGCCAAACUGUUUGAGGGUCUGAGAGAUGAAGAACCCAUAACAGUGGAUGAUAUACUUAAUGAUGAGAGUCUACAGUCUGAAAAUAACUACGUACAGAGCUGCAUUGACUGGAACAGGGAUGUACUGAAGAGAGAGCUGGGCCUGGAAGAUGAGGAUAUCAUUGACCUGCCAAUCCUAUUCAAGUUGGUGGAGGAGGAGGAGAAGGAGUACAGAGCAGUGGCUUACUACCCUGACAUGGUGAACAUGAUCGUUUUGGGGCGAAACCUUGGCAUCCCCAAGCCCUUUGGCCCCAAGGUGAACGGACGCUGUGCCCUGGAGGCUGAGAUGUGCUCCCUGAUGGAGGGCCUGGGCCUCAAAUGCACGUUCAUCGACGAUUUCGCCUCCUACCACAAACUGCUGGGAGAAGUGCACUGUGGCUCCAACGUCCGCAGGGAACCGUUUGACUUCAAGUGGUGGAACCUGGAGAUGUGAUCAACAACUGAUCAGUGGGUGGAAAUGGGUUAAUGUUGUAAUCCUUAAAAUUACAGUCCUGGUUGAUUUGGCGAAUUCACUGCCAAAAAUACUUAAAAUGUUGUUUUAAUAAAAAAGUCAAUAAUAAUUGCGACUGUGAUCUGAUUAGAUGCUGUGAAUGGUGCCUGUAUUCCCUGAGGAGAUGGAGGUCUGCGGCCCUUUUGCCUGCAACUCUUCAUCUUGCAGCUCACGGUGGCUGCUCCAUCUUCCAGUAAUAACUUGCAAAACUUAAAAAUUAUCCGCUGACAAAAAAAUGCAGAAUAUGACCACUGUCUUGUUUUUCAGACAUAUUUCUGACUAACAAUUGCAUAGUGCUAACCAAGGUGGCAAAUACAUCGGUGUCCUGUGACUGAGUAAAGGCCAAUUCCCGGUUUCACAAACCAAACACUUUUGAUGUGAAUCGGCACCAACAGGAUCUGGUCAGUUUACAUUAGCAGCAUCUUAAUACAGCUCUGACAUGGUCUAAAUAGAGUGAAGAGCAAACAGUAACGCUGGACUACUGUCACGCUUCGUUUCUUGUGAGUCGCUCAUGCGUGUGAAGCCAAUUUACAACGAGCGUGAUAAUGGCAGACUCCACUGCUAACAAUGAAACGAACACAGAGACGUAAUUGCAAAUUGUUAAUACAUUGAGAUGGCUAUUGCUGAAAAAUGCCAACCAUAAAUGGUAUAAAAAAAAAUGGGUUAUGAUUUCAUGAAAAUCUUAAAGAUCAUAACUUUGAACAGGCUGAUAGAGAUGGUUGUUUUCAACAUACUACAUUGCUUUAGAAAACAAUAGCUCCUUGAGUUAACUAUAGUUUUGGACAAGAAACAAGCCUUACAUUGUCUCUUAAAAACAUGAAAUGCCUAAUUUUCUUAUCAAUCUUUUUGCAGUAAGUGCUUUUUUUUUCCAGACAUAUACCUAAUAUUCAUACUGAAAUCCUUGCACAGUAACCAUCAACAUUUAUGUGGCAAAAAUUACCAACAGGGUUUGAUGUAAUGUAUGCCUCUUCAUCUUUAUUAAACGUUUUUAUUGGUUUAAUUUACAAAAAGGACGUGAAGCACUAUUUACAAGUCUUUUGAACAAGUGCUUAAGCAGACUGUUGACAACAGAAAUACAAUCAUUUGAAUCAAGCACAUAGAAGGUUCACUCCCAAUCUCAUUGAGGUUUGGAUCGGCCAUUGGCAUACAGUGCAAGCACAGUUAAACGAAUGGUACCACACAGUGAUGUGCUAUAAUAUUACAUAGCCACAGGAGGGCGUACUUCAUCUAUUCAAGCUUUUCCAAAGUCCAGAAGAAAUCAUUUGAAAUCAUAUAUUUUAAUGAAUCAAUUUAAUAGGCUGCACGAAUGUGAAAUUAUUACCAAAAAUGUAUCUAUAUAUUUUUUACUUUGUUCCUAGUGAUUUGUCGGUACAAACAGCUUGAUGAAUACAGUAUAGAAGGCUGUUUUGCUUUUGAUCCAGUGUCCUUAACCUUUUGAACUUUCACAUACUGUAAAUGCUGUCAUUAAUUCACUAUAGACAAUAAAUCAUAUGUCUUCUUCAGUUAUAUCACUGAAAUAA